AUGACUCUAGAAACGGAAUACACGGCAGACGAAGUUGCUCAGCACACCAAGCCUGAUGACAUAUGGAUGACUAUCCAUGGGGAAGUAUACGACGUAACCAAAUAUGUGAUGGAUCAUCCAGGAGGAAUCGAAGUUCUCUUGGAAGCAGCCGGCACUGAUGCAAGCGAACCAUUCGACAAUGCUGGCCACUCAGAUGAUGCCUUCGACCUCAUGACCCCUUUCAGGAUCGGGAAAUUAAAAGGUCACGUUAACAAAAAGUCAAAGCUAACAGUUCCUUUGCAAUCUCCACUGGAGAAGCUUGAUUCCACGAAACAACCCCAUGGCCUAGCAGGAAUAACCUUGGGAUUUCUUUCCCUGGGUAUUGCGGCAUCGACGUACAAGGUUCUUAAAGGAGAACAUGGUAUUUCAGCCUUGAUACCAGUAGCCAUGCCUCAAAUGAAAGCAAUGUUAGGCCUACCGACUGGUCAACACGUCGCUAUUACGAUGAACAUUGAUGGAGACAAGGUGACAAGGUCUUACACUCCAGUAUCCAAUAACUUGGAUUAUGGUGUUCUGGAAUUACUCGUCAAGAUCUAUCCAGACGGCAAGUUGACUGGUGGCUGUCUUGCCAACCUCCAAAUUGGAGAUGAGGUCCAAUUCAGAGGUCCUAAAGGGGCAAUGCGCUACUCCAACGGACUUUGUAAGAAGAUCGGAAUGAUAGCUGGUGGUACAGGCAUCACGCCCAUGUUCCAGCUCAUUCGAGCGAUUUGUGAGAACGACCGUGAUGCGACAGAAAUAAGUCUGAUAUACGCAAAUCACACAGAGAACGACAUAUUACUCAAAGACGAGCUGGAUAAGUUUUCCCGCCUAUAUCCAAAGCUGUUCAAGGUCUUCUACGUCAUUGAGCAUCCAUCAACAACUUGGAACUCUGGAGUUGGCUACAUAACGAAAGAUAUGGCAGCACAAAGACUACCGCUUCCGGGAAAUGAUGUCAAAAUUAUGGUUUGCGGUCCACCUGGUAUGGUCGGCGCAGCCAAGAAAUUUCUUGGAGAGUUGGGUUACGAGACUCCGGGUGCAAACCCGAAGAUGAGCGACCAGGUCUUUAUUUUCUAG